GGGGCGCGGCCCGCGGCAGCUGCGGCGGCGUUGAGCGGGGCGGCGGUGGCGGUGGCGGUGGUGACGGGGGCGGCGGCCUCGCGGGUCUGGCGGGACCGACUCGGAGACUGCGCCGCCUCUGCAGGUCGGCCUUAAGGGGGCGGAGCGGAAUAUUCCUGAAGAGCCAGAGCUGGCAGCUGGGAGGUGAGAGGACACCAAGGCUGCCAUGGCUGCCGUUGACAGCUUCUACCUCUUGUAUCGGGAGAUCGCCAGGUCCUGCAAUUGCUACAUGGAAGCUCUGGCCUUGGUUGGAGCCUGGUAUACAGCCCGGAAAAGCAUCACCGUCGUCUGUGACUUUUACAGCCUGAUCAGACUGCAUUUCAUCCCACGCCUGGUGAGCAGAGCAGAUCUGAUCAAGCAGUACGGAAGAUGGGCAGUCGUGAGUGGUGCCACGGACGGGAUCGGGAGAGCCUAUGCAGAAGAGUUAGCGAGCCGUGGUCUCAAUAUCAUCCUGAUUAGUCGCAACCAAGACAAGUUGCAGAUGCUGGCUAAAGACAUCGCUGACACCUACAAUGUGGAGACCGAUAUCAUAGUGGCGGACUUCAGCAGCGGCCGGGAGAUCUACGACCCGAUUCGAGAAGCCUUGAAGGACAGAGACAUCGGCAUCUUGGUGAAUAACGUGGGCGUGUUUUAUCCCUACCCCCAGUAUUUUACUCAGGUCUCCGAGGACAAACUCUGGGAUAUCAUAAAUGUAAACAUUGCCGCGGCCAGUUUGAUGGUCCACAUAGUGUUACCAGGAAUGGUGGAGAGAAAGAAGGGCGCUGUUGUCACCAUCUCUUCUGGCUCCUGCUGCAAGCCUACUCCCCAGCUGGCUGCGUUUUCUGCUUCUAAGGCUUAUUUAGACCACUUCAGCAGAGCACUGCAGUACGAGUAUGCUUCUAAAGGAAUCUUCGUACAGAGUCUAAUCCCGUUCUACGUGGCUACCAACAUGACCGCACCCGGCAGCUUUCUGCACAAGUGCCCGUGGUUGGUGCCUUCGCCAAAAGUAUACGCACACCAUGCUGUUUCUACCCUUGGCAUUUCGAAAAGGACCACAGGAUACUGGUCCCAUUCUAUCCAGUUCCUUUUUGCACAGUAUAUGCCUGAAUGGCUCUGGGUGUGGGGAGCAAAUGUUCUCAAUCGCUCUUUGCGUAAGGAGGCCUUAUCCAGCAAAGCAUGAAGCCGCGUGAAGGUUGGGAACUUUUGCCAGCUCGCGGGAGCCUGCAGUAUUCUGACGUUUGGAAGAACACAUUUACCUUCUGUGUUUUCUUUUAUUACUGAGUAUUUAGCAUACUGUUGACUCAUCGUCUGCAAAGCAUACGUAAUACUUUCAGAGAAUGCUGCGGAGAAACCUCAAGGGCCACAUCACACGGAUGGUACAGAAGUAAACAACGACUGAGGCACGAGAACUGGUUGGGGGAACCUAAAUUUUGAUGCUUUUUUUUUUUUCCUCUAAGCUGUCCAAAAGCCAUGCGAUUUAUGUUGUUCUAUGAGCUGCAGCAAUCUCGAUAGUGAAAUAUAAUAUGACUUGUCAGGUCUCGUCGUUUUGAGUGUUUUUUUUUUUUUUUUUUUUUAAGGGAAAUUAUCUAUUUCAGUAGAUGAAUUAUAGUAUUGAUUUUCAAAUGUUCAUCAGGAAAGACUAUCGAAAGGUGUGAUUUUGUAAGAUUGCUGGUGUAAUUAGCAGUAGGACCCUGUAUCAUAUUGUAUAGCUCUGUUUGUGUGUGAAAACGCUCCACUUCAGGCGGCAUUUCACUAGAGGCCAUGUGCGUAUGUGUGUUGUGUACAUCCAGACAACUUGAUUUAUGGUUAAGUUACUUUGGAAAAUACGUCUUGUUAAGAUGGCCUCACGUGGAACCUUACGGGGUAUUAUAAUUCUAGAUUACUUCUCUUCAUACUAAAUAAGCCCACCCAAUUUUGUGCUAUAGGUUUGCCGUGUAUAAUAUCAUACAUUCUGUUGUUGCUUUUUUUUUUUAAUCUACUGUGAAAUUAAUUCAUUACUAGAUUUGGACCUAUAACGGUUGACCCUCUGUCAUCUCUUGAUUUGUAAUUGCUGUGGAUAAGUAGUGAUUUCUCAGCCUCUGCCCCAUUUUAUAAUGGAAGUUUAGCCCUUUAGAGCUUAUAUCUGGUUUUCAUAUCCUUUUCUAUGUAAUAUUCUCUUACAGUGGCAUCAUUGGAGUAAACGUCAAGUACUUAUGGCAUUGUCGUUAAAACGUGGUCAAAUUAUGUGUGUGAUAAUGAUGUAUGUAUUAGAAGCUUGUUCUUGGUUCGUGUAAUGAGUUUACACGUUACAGUGAACGCUCUCACUGAUGUGAAGAUCGUUAGGCACAACCCCCCACGAUAGGAGUUGGCGCUGAAACCUACCGUGAAAUAAAUGUUUUUGGCUCGGAUCUUACAAAGCCAGACGUUUCUGAGGGCCGCUCUCUAGUGCUUUGGCAACCGUAGAUCGCCACGUGGACGUGACGGUACGUGCCAGUUAAGAAUUGGGGGUCUGUGAUUGGGACGCUGAUGCAGAAACUAGUAAAUGGGUUGAAAUCAGGACUUGUACGGAAUUGUUUUCUCCUGAGAUGGUACUCCAUUAUGAGUCAGGCGAGAGCACGCUUCGAUGUCUUACCCACGAUUUCGCCAGUGCUGUUGCCUCAGUAUUUCCAGAUCUGACACGGACUCAGAAGAUCAGUGAUUGAGUUCAGAAGCUCUUCCACUGAUAGACCAGGCCUUCGUUACACAAGAGGAAGACCUUCACACGUGAAAACUUAGUAGCGGGAUCACGCGGCACUGAGCACGUUGAGGGAGUUAGUGUGGAUGCCUUCGUCACAGUUGGCAUUUUCCCUCCCCAGCAGUUAACACACGGUCAUUAAGACUAGAACAGAGUUUGCUUUCAUGCCACAUUGACCUGAAGUUUCCAUUGACAUGUAGUAAGAAGCAGCAGCUUGAUGUAAAAACACCCCGUUUAUAUCUAAGCUGUUAUGUGGUGAGGUAUCGAGUCGCCGUUAUGUGAUGAGAACAAGUAAAUCAUGUCCGUGAUGUUGUAAAAUUCUCUACUUGGCAGGACGUUUGUAAGAAAGCUGCUGCAAAGCUUGUGAAAGAUCAGAAUGAAGAAUGUUCCUUAGGUUUCUUCUUCGAUAAAAUACGUUUUCCCAGAGCUCAUUUGAGAAUCAGAAUUGGGCCCACUGCGGAUGGGAUUUCUUAGGAAGAAUGUGGGAACUUAAGAACCUUUGAAAUAAUCUGUGAACUGAAAAUUUAACAAUAAAAACUGUUGCUUCGCCUUCCAUUGGAAGAGGUUUUGCUCUGAGUAACUGUAUUUGGAAUGAAAGAUUUUUUUCCCCCAUAGGAACAAUUCCCUUAAAAUUACCGAAAAAUAAUUGAAUCUGUGAACACCUGUGGUAGUAAUUCAUUAAAAGCUGCUAAUUCAGCAAGAAAAUGGUCCAUAACCACGUGUCUGUUAAGUCUUUCAAAACGAGUAAGUUGAUGUUUUGCUCUCAUUCUCCUGAUAGGUUGAGUAGAUGGAGCUAAGUUUUGAUCAUUGACUUUGGCGACAUGGAGAUCCCUACUGGUUUUGCCCCGAGCCAUUUUGUCUGGAUGAAAGAUAGAUUCUAGUGGGUUCAAGAAGGAGCGGAAACUGGGUGGUUCAGUCGGUUGAGCGGCCGACUUCGGCUCAGGUCACGAUCUCACGGUCCGUGAGUUCGAGCCCCGCGUCGGGCUCUGUGCUGACAGCUCGGAACCUGGAGCCUGUUUCGGAUUCUGUGUCUCCCUCUCUCUGACCCUCCCCUGUUCAUUCUCUGUCUCUCUCUGUCUCGAAAAUAAAUAAACGUUAAAAAAAUUAAAAAAAAAUAAAUGAACUUCUAAAAAAAAAAAAAAGGAGCAGAAAGAAAAGGAGACAGCAAGGAGAGACAGUUCUGUUUUGUUUGUUUUUUUAAAUGUUUUUAAUCUUUAUUUAUUUUUGAGAGAGACAGAGUGCAAGCGGGGGAGGAACAGACAGAGAGGGAGACACAGAAUCCGAAGUGGGCUCCAGGCUCUGAGCUGUCAGCACAGAGCUGGAUGGGGGGGGGGGGGUGUCGAAUUCAUGAACCGUGAGAUCAUGACCUGAGCCAAAGUCGGACACCCAACCAACUGAGCCACCCAGGCGCCCCAGGAGAGACAGUUCUUUUGAGGAGUCUUGUUCUGUUUUAAUCUCAGUUACUUAAA